GUCACAGCGUCUUUUUUGUGUGUCUUAGGAACCACCGUGCAAGAAUCAAUUUUUGUCCCAGAUUCACGAAAUUGUCUGCAUAUUUUCUUUCUAUUCCUGCAUUAAUUUAUUUGCUUCCCAUUGAUUUACUCCAUAAUUUCGCCUGAUUUUAUACAUUAUUCGAUCCCCACAGAGUAGAAAGUCGAUUCUUUUUAAAUCGGAUGCCAUGAAUUUCCGUUGAGAAAGGGAUUAUUGCCCUCGUCAUCAUCUUCAACCUUUUCUUGCUUUCUUUUUGUAACAAAUCUCUCUCUCUCUCUCUCUGGAAUUGUUCGCGUGUCAAAAACGUAAAUCGAAACGCCAAACAAUUCCUCGUCUUGUUUAUGUUAUCCGAAACUGGCGGUUUCACUUUCCCGGGGAGAUUAAAAAAGAGAGAGAGAGACAUAAAAGACGGUUUUGUUCCCAUUGUAGUUGAAGAAAACUCUGUCUUUGUCGCAGGUUUGGGCUGUCUUUAAGGGCAAUUCGAAAUCUUCGGGUAAAACUAGGCGUGGGUUUUGACUUUUUGGAUCAGAAAUUUUCGCCGGAAUGUUGGCCUUCCGGUCACCGGAAGUCCGUUGAAUUGACUCUGACGCCAUUUAAAAAUAAUUAGAAAGAUUUAUAAUUUAAAAAAAGGAAUCGCUGACGGAUUGCUACGUCUUUUUAAAAUUAAUUGUUUUAAUGCAUAAACUGCACAGUUACGGAUUUCGUACAUUUUUGCUUUGAUUGAUCUCCGUAGUUGCUGAAAGCUAAAGAUUUGUAAUUUUCUUUUGUUUUGUUUCUCUGCAAGUAUAAAUACUUGAAGAAUCUUUUCAUUUCUUUCNAUCAGAACCGCAUAACCUCUGUACCUCUCUCAUCCUUUCUGUGGUUUCUGCAAUUUCUGUCCAUUUCAUCCUUCAAAAAGAUCCAUAGCCAUGGACAGGAGCUCAAUGCAAUCAAAUCUUGAAUGGUUCUUGAACUGCACCACCCCCAUACCGAAUUCCCAGUUUUUACCCAAGAGUGAGACAGGGAGCCUUAAUAGGCUAUGGCAUCCAGUGGAGAGGGAGGGGUGUGAAUACUUCACUUUAGCUGAUCUUUGGAGCUGUUAUGAUGAAUGGAGUGUUUAUGGGGCUGGCGUUCCUCUCUGUUUGGACAACGGCGAAACAAUCGUUCAAUAUUUUGUUCCUUAUCUGUCUGCACUUCAAAUCUUUACGAGCAGCGCCUCGCUAAACUCCCUAAACUGUCUAAGGGAGGAAAGUGUUUCGUCAUGUGAAACAAGGGAUUCAUAUAGUGAUUCGUUGAGCGAAGAGAGCGAGAGUGACAAGCUCUCAAGAUGGGAUGGAAGUUCCUCCGAAGAGGGGAACCCGGAGCACGAUAGCCUCUUGCAAGCAAAUUCUAGAUUGGGAUACCUAUAUUUCCAGUACUUUGAGCGAUCCACCCCGUAUGGAAGGGUUCCUCUCAUGGAUAUGAUUAGUGGCUUAGCUCAAAGGUACCCCGGAUUAAUGUCAUUAAGAAGCGUUGAUCUUUCGCCUGCUAGUUGGAUGGCAGUUGCUUGGUACCCAAUAUAUCAUAUUCCCAUGGGAAAAACCAGCAAGGAUCUGUCCACUUGCUUUCUCACAUUUCACACCAUUUCAUCUUCUUUUCAAGAUGCCGAAGUCGAAGGUGAUUUGAAGAGUGUGAGUAGGAAUCCGAAGGGUAGGGGCGGUGGUGGGGUCCCACUCCCGCCAUUCGGGCUGGCUUCGUAUAAGAUGCAAGGGGAUGUUUGGGUAUCGGACAAAAGUGGCAAGGACCAAGAGAGGGUGGUGUCACUGUUGAGCGUAGCGGAUUCUUGGCUGAAACAGUUAGGGGUCCAACACCACGACUUUAACUACUUCGUCGGUAUCCGUGGUGGCUAACCCCCAUCCAACCCCACUACCCACCCCACCCACCUACCUAUCGAGCCUCACAAGACAACAGAACUAGCAACACUACCUCUCCAUCUUGUUGCUAUUACUUUGUAUCUCUAGCACGCGAAUUUAACCGGUUCGGUUUUUGAGACUGUUUGUGGGUGCGUGUGUCUUUAUUGUCGAAUUUGUGUUAUCCGAAAGGAAAUUCGAAAGCCGAGGGAGAGGAAGAGAGGUUUUUGUUUUUCUAUCAACAAGAAUGGUGCUUUUGUACUGGAUUGGAAAUGUCAUUGUCCUCUAUAACCUUUGCAGAUGAGAAAAAAAACAAAACUUGGUACGAACU